UGACUUGCCGUCCAAAUCCCGCGUCUGCUCCUCAAAUCCUCGUCCCGCUCCUCCCGCCCACGCUCCAGGGCCGCCAUUCACCACACUGCUUCGCCGUCGCCGCCUCGCACGAGAUCGUCGUCGAAGGAGCCGCCGGGCCUGACGAUUGCGAUGGGGAGCGGGAGCGCGAGCGCGAGGGGAGAUGUGGAGUUGAGGGAGAUAGCACCGCCAUCGGGAUGCGCCGCCGCCGUGGCCGGCGGGCGGCCGUCAUCGAUUCACCGCGCAGAAGGUGCAUCAACAGGUGUUAAUGCAAGUAACACUGGGCAGCAAUUGCCUUCCUGCACAAAAGGCAAGGGUCCCGGGAAACAUGCCAAGUUGAAAGACAACGAAGGGGCUACUGGGUUGGGGAGAGUUCAGACACCAGUUGGCAUAUUUGAAGAUGAAUGUAUUUUCUGCCAUUCAUUCAGAACCAGUGAGCCGUGUCAUGGUCCGAUGGUACUGUAUCACGAUAGAAGGAUUAUGACCAAUGACAAGGGAAACCCUACCAACGCCGUGUAUGUGCACGAGAAAUGCAUCGUUUGGGCCCCAAGAGUGCAAUCCAGUGGCGGUACUUUUAAGAACGUGGAGAAUGAAAUCAAGCGUGCUUCAAGAUGGGAAUGCAGCAGAUGCAAGCUCCGGGGAGCAGCGCUUGGUUGUUAUUACGGCCGCUGCCGCAAAACUUAUCAUGUCCCAUGUGCAGUGAUGAUACCUGAAUGCCGCUGGGAUGUUGAGGGUCGCCAUGUUUGGUGCCCCAAUCAUGCACCACAUGAUGAUAUGAGCUCACCACCAACAAUGGAGAGUGACAUCGUCCUUCAAGUAGAUCAGCUGAACACCUCAAGUUGUUCCUUGUCUCAGGGCCAAUGUUCAGAGAAAGAAAGAAUUUCUUCCAAUUACCAGAGAGAACAAAACCUACAGAAUCAGUCUAGCACCCUGGUGGAUCAAUGGGUUUUGCUUGGUAUAUCUUUAAGUGCAUCUGAAGAGGAUUCCUUGAAGGAAUUUGCGUCCUUGACCAAUUCAACCUUGGUUGAGGAUUGGGACAAAAAUGUGACUCAUGUUAUUGUGGGCAGAAACACCAAUACCGCAUGUGUGAGAUCAUAUGCGGUCCUGAUGGCGAUACUGUAUGGGAAAUGGAUUGUCAGAGCCGGAUGGAUUAUGGAUUUCUUGGUGCAACGAAUUCCACACCCGGAAACUCCUUACGAGAUGACAUUCUAUGGGGGUUUGCACACAUCAAUUUCUGGACCAACGAAAGGAAGAGCUAGAGCUGCUGAAGGGGCACCAAAACUCUUCUCAGGACUGAAUUUCUGCUUCAGCGACUACCUGCACGUAGAAGACUUAGAGGAGUUCCAGAAUCUCAUAGCAGCUGGUGGAGGGCUAGCGCUGCAGGGAGUCAGCCCAGACUCGUUACCUGAGAUCAGGAGCAGAAUUCCCGGGAAGGUGUACUACAUCUACCACGGCGGGCCUCCAAGGAACUCCACUUGGUAUUUUAAGGAUGUCCACCAGAAUCAGAUGGAGGAGAGCGUCGAGUAUGGGAAAUCGGGAGCACAGGUGAUCAGCCACCUGAAGCUGUACGAUGCUAUCCUGUCCUACGACGCGCGGAUCCUGGAACCCGGACGGUCUUUCACCAAUAUGUGUGAGUGAAGGGCACGCUUCGGACGAUGGCUUUUUGCU